AUGUCAUCAGUCAACCAAAUAAAGUACAUCAAGGAGUCACUUCCGGCUAAAAAAGCUUUGGAAGAGGAAGCCAAACAAUUGGUAUCCGAAGCCGUGAGUCUUGAAGAUGAGGAGUUCCAUCCGGAAUCAUUUACAACCACCGAUGCCUCCGUUCGCGCCGUACUUGUUUACCGAAAAGGUGCCGAUGGGGCUGUCAGAGUAACGUCUUCUGGGACACAAGACUUUUGGAACGUGAGAACCGGCCCGGAAGAAGCAGGGUGGGCAAUAAUCGGAGUCAAAGUUGAACAAACGUGCAUGUUCCUUGGAAAGCCGAAAGUGCGGUUGUUCAAGGCUUUGGAAUCUUAG